CAUAGCUCCCCAGCUCGCCCCUUUGCCCAAAUCAGCGCUUCCCUCAUCUCUGCUAUGUUGCAAGUAUCAAUGUGUAUUUGAGCUCUAUGUAUGGUUUUCGUGGGCUCAAAUGUGAGUCUCGAAUUGUCUAAGCAUCAGAAUUGCUCCUCAGAUUCAUCCAGUUUUCAGCGACAGAGUCCUUCUAAGGACUGCAACACAAAGCCUUGACGAAAAUCUUAAUUCAACCAACUUUUCUACCACCCCAACGAGCAUCACAAUGCCUCCUUCAGCGCAGAAAAGCCAUACGAACGGCGCCAGCACCCAAGUCACAAAGGAGAUCUCAAAACCUGCUACUUCGACCGUCGAGACAUUUGAAGUACAACGAAAUGGCGCCUCUAAUAGCGAUGCACGCAAAAUCACCAUCUUGCGCGAUGCUGUUCAACGAGUAGUUGCAAACUAUCGCUCUAAGUUUCAUAAUUCAACCGAUGAAUUCCUCGGUAGCUGCACAACCAUUGAUAAGUUCUUCGACUAUGUAGCUGGAAUCCGUCUGCGACAAAUCCCACAUCAUAGUAGUAGAUGGGACAAAGUCUUGAAAUGGGCAGAAUUCUUCGCUGCUCAAGUGUAUGGAUACUCAGACGAGGUAGGGCACUUCCUCGCUUCGAGCGAUCGUGCCGCUUCCAUCAUAUGGGCCAGCUGCAGAUCUCUUCUUGAGCUUGGACGAGAAAACAUCGAUGUACUUGAGAAAGUAUUUGGUGUCUUCUACAGCUGUGGCUUGACCCUAGGCGUUUUUCUUCGCCAACAUGAACUUUUCCACGAGACCGAGGAAUUUCAACUCAUCCUUGGUAAUUGCUAUGCAGAACUCUUGAAGCUUGUCACGGGAAUCAAUUUGUUCUACAGCCGCAAGGAAUCAAGUGGGAACUUUAGUGUUCGAAUCUUCAGUGAGCGCUUCAGCAGGAGCAUCAACUCUUUCUACUCGCACAGCGACAGCUUUACGGAUGCGAUUUGGAGUACAAAAAUUGGGACUUCGUCCACAUCUGGAGAUAUUUCUGUUGAAUUGAUACGCGAGUUCUUGAUUCCUCAUGACCGGGUCACCAGGUUACUCACGACGACACGAACCACUCGAACUACUCGCGCAGACUUCACCUGUGAAUGGUUUGAUCGAUAUUUGACUGAUUUUAUGCGAAGUGGAAAGGAAAGAUUGAUUGUUUCUGGCAAGCCACGUACCGGAAAAUCCGUUCUUGCCGAGUGGACGAUAGAGAGACUUCAGACUUUAAGUGGUCGACGUGCCUCUGAAGUGAUAUCUUACUCGAUAGAUCCUGAUCUGAAGAACGAACUCACGACGUUGAGUGUGGUCAAAGCCCUACUUCUGCAAAUGCUGCAACUGAAUGUUGGCGACAACGAUCUCUAUAACUCUCUCGUUCAAGCCUAUGAACUUUCGCGAAAAGGCAGUCCUAGCUCUCACGUCGAGAAUGCUCUGUGGACAGCUUUACAAGCUGGAUUUGCAAGCGGUCGCAAUCACACCAUCAUAAUUGAUGGCAUCGACCAAUUGAAAAGCGGGGAGAGUGAUGUGAAUAAGCUUCUGGGUCGUUUGGAUUCUAUCGUCGCGAGACAUAGCAAGACGAAAGUCAUCCUGUUCUCUCGCCCUUUGAGCAACACUAUCACGAACGCAACGCAGAAACAUGCACACUUCGCGAUCACGCCACAGCACACACGUCAAGAUAUUCGACACUUCGCCGAGUUCUUACUUUCAUCGUCGACGUCUCAUACGGUGCUGAACCAGGAGGACAGAGCGACUGCGAUAACCAAGUUGGCUGAUAUCUCAGAUGGCUCCUUUGGGUGGGUUGUGCAGGCUGUCGAUAUUCUCAAGACGGAAACCACUUCUGGAGGUACCUUGAAGAAGCUUGAUUCUCUUCCCAAGACAUUGGAUGCCAUUAUUUCGCAGGUCAUCUCUACUGUGGAUCUGAAGCAGCGGGACGCCAAAUCGCUUCUCGCCUGGUUGCUAGUUUCGCAACGACCAUUCUUGCUCACCGAGACCAAGCAACUGUUUGAGAUCGACCAAGCAAACUCAACUCGUGCACCACGGAAUACGAGAGUUGAAGAUGAUGUGAUCAAAGCAUUGGGUCCCUUGAUCGUCAUCCGAGAUGGAUUUGUCAGAUUUGCCAAUCUGGUUAUCAAACAAGAGUUGGUUCAUCGAGCGGCAACUGUGACCGACUUCAAGAACACAGGCGCUUUUCCAUUCCAUAUUCAAGAAGCUCAUUAUGAUCUCACCAUUCGCUCGUUGGCAUACAUCAAGAUGUCUCUCACUCGGCCGGCACACCCGACCACAUCUCCUCUGGGCGACUAUGAGCUUGAUGAGCUCUUCAAUCAAUACGACCUUUUACAAUAUGCCACCAGAUACUGGGCAUGGCAUUUCGAGGCUUCGCCAAUGCAUGAGCCUACAGUUCAACAUAAGAUCACCCAAGGCUUCAAAACCGUCUUCCCACACACAACGAUGCUUCCCAUUAUUGAAGGCUCUUGCUUUCAGUACCAGUCAACGUAUCAAGAUGCAGUUGAUCACCACCUUCUCGGGUUAUCUCUGCGAAGAUUGGUGAUCGGAGAAAACACAGAGUCUGUGCUUCAGACCUUGCUUAACUUGGCUGUCUUGAAAGAGCUCACACUUCAGUCUACCGAGGUCAACGAGUACUACUAUGAGGCUUGGAAGAUCGCAUACACUCUAAAGCUCGCCUCAAUUGCGACCACUUGCGCUCAUCGCUACAUUGAGAGAACUUCGACUAUCAAGAUCACGUCUAAGUCAACUACAGCCAUCCGCAGAUCUGAGAUGUUGGAAUAUAUCAUCAUGAUCUACAGGGAGACCAAAGUAUCUCAAACUGAGAUCUUGACUUACCUCGAGAUACUUGUCACUCUCUACGUGACGAUCGGCGAGACUGAAAAAGUUUCGAAGCUUCGAAGAGAAAUCUACGAACUUCACGUAAAAAUCUAUGGCCGAUCUGCUCCUCAGACUCUCCGUGCACACGGUGUGCUGGUCACUACCAUCUCAACGUCUAGCAAGGAAGAAGAAGUCCAAGAGAUAACAGAAUCGAAUUACCGAGAAGUUUCCCGCACUCUCCCUGCCACGGAUCCGAAACGUCUUGCUCUAACUUGGUCAAUGAUUGACAUUUACACAAAACGCAAAGACACCAGACGCGUUGAGGAGCUUCUCGUAUCUCUUUGGCAAAGCUGGACCCGUCAUGCCCACACUCACAAGGACAGUAAGACUCAGCAGCAGAGAAUCGACAUUGCCCUUCGAUAUGUGGAAUUCUUGAAAAUUCAUGAUCGGAAAGCUGAGGCGGAGAACAUCCUUCGUGGCGUUGCGACGGAUCUGGAACAAUCAGACACCGAGGAUGAGGAAAUCAUCAAGCGCACUAGAGUCAUUGGCAACGAGCUGACUGUGCUUGGGUCUGUUGCAGCUGCACGUGGAAUCUUUCAAAGAAUAUGGGCAUUCUAUGUGAAGACAGGAAAGACGAACACCUCAGAAGCCAAGUCUGUCUCGACGCAGUUGGAGGAGACGACAAAUCACAGCAUCACGGAGACUACCACAGAGACAAUCACUCUGCGGGAGAUUUUCGAUACUGUGAUCACCAAGACGACUACCAAAACCAUUGAUACUCGCACUGUUCAUACUUCGAUAACUCUAAUCGAGACCUAUUGGAAUGAACAGCGCUGGGAAGAGGUCAUCAAAGUCAGCACUGUAACUCUUACCAGAUUGUGGGCGGGGUGGACCAGCACAGAGCUCAGAACCCCCCUUCCCACGAACUACUUGUCCGAGACCGUUACGAUCAUCCGCCGUCUCUACACUUCGUAUUGGAAGUUGCGCCAACUCGAGAACGCCGAGACAACUCUUAAGAGACUCUUCUACGCCGUGCUCUCUACUCCGAAAUCAUCUGAUGAUCUCUUGUUCUCAACCAAGAAAGAUCUUAUCGACUUCUACGAGACCAAUGGCAUGUUCGAGAAGUCAGUCAUCAUCUACAGAGAUGUAUAUCCCGAGAUUGAGAAGAGGAAGGGCAAAACCGACACGUUGACCAUCAAGACUCUCUAUGCUUUGGGCGACACCAGCAAGCGUGUCAACGACCUGAAGAAUGCUGAGUUUGCUUACCGUACCAUCCACACCAAUCUUGGCUCGGAGGUUUGCCACCGAGAUUCCAUUCGGGCUGCUGAAGCUCUCAUCGCCAUCUACGAGCAGCAUCGUCAAUACUCAGAUGCUCAGAAGAUCUACCAUUCGAUCUGGCAGAUGUUCCUAAAGCACGGCAAGGAAUACGAUUUCAAGCCAGACUGGUCUGAGAGUCUCUAUGAAAAGUAUGUUCGAAGCUUCAAGCAAGAUCCGAAAGUGGAGUACACCACUCUUCGUCAACUCGCCAUCGAAUACCGCAAAGCUUUAGUCAGAUUCUAUGGACUGGACCAUGAAUCUACUAUCAAAGCAACUCUUGGUCUAGCAGAGAUUGACGAGGAAAAGCCAGAGCAUCGUGAAGAAUCUAUUGCGAUGUAUGAGGAUGCCGAUAAGCACAGCCGAGAGGCUCCGAACGGCCAGAUCUCCGAGUUCACUCUCAACAGAGUUGGCACCAAUCGCAGGCGUCUGCCUCACUUGUACUCCAUCUCACAGCUUUCGACUUCGCCUAAAGCUAUUCCCUUGUACGAACAAGAAUGGUACACUUAUCAUACCAAGCAUGGUUAUUCUCAUGGCGAUAGUCUGAAGUGGCUGAGUCUACUGGCUAUUGCUUUUGCUAAGCAGAACAACGCGGAGUCGAAGACCAGAGCCACAUCUUCUUUUCACACUUCUGUGACCGAGAUCCUUAAGAAAGAGAAGAACUCUCAGCGGCUUUGGGACUCUGGCUCAGGACUCGCAAAUGUGUACCUCAAAGCAGGCAUGAAGUCCGAAGGAGAGCAACUUCUCCAACAAAUUCGCAGCCAAGUCAUCUUUGGGGAUUCCAGCCUGGCUCAGAGUCUUGGUGUUACGUCCUCCAACAACUUAGACCGACGCACCUGGGUCUUCCUCGUUUCUUUCCAGACCACUCUGCAUGGUACUCGACAAAUGUAUACAGCCAUCAUGGCCGAUCUCAUCAACGAAGUCUUCCUCUACGACUCUUACCGCCGCAUCGUUUCUCAGAAGGCUCCAUUCCUCGAUUCCUUUGCUCAUGGUGCUCGCUUAUUGCAAUUUAUGCGCGACGUUCACGAUGAGCCUAGCCAUGCCCGCGUCGAGAAGGAACUGCUGGAGUACUUUUCGACGAACCUCUCCGCUCCCAAGACUAUCAAUUCCUCGGUCUUACGUGAGUUCUUCGAGAUCGCUCUAGUAGAAAUUCAUCACCAAGAUAUGGACAUCUCGCUGCUCAAAGCUGGCACCACUUCUGUCGUCAACUACUUUGACAAAGGGAAGUACGCUGAAGCGCAUGACAUGGCGUUCUUGGUCGAUCGCUUCCAGCAGUUUGUUGGCGGAUAUGGCAGCGUGGAGAAGAUUGAUUAUGGGCUGCAAAUCGCGUUGGCCGUGGCUGGGUACAAGAAUACCAAGGUCCCAGAUGCGAAGUUGAAGACUGCUAUGCUGGAGCUGUCAGGUAAGAUCGUGAAGCAGCUUGUGCAAGAAACUCGAGCUGGCCAUGUCUUGCUUGCCGAUAUCCCGCUCAAGGAUCUCAAUGCUGCGAGUGGACUGCUUGGCGAGUUGGGUUAUUUGGAUGAACUUGAGUAUAUCCUCACCGUCCUCUGGAAGGCCCGCACCUUCCAGCUACUAUGGCCAGCCUCUACAAUCGUCUCCCUCGGCCGCCGUCUCGUCGAAACAGAAUUCGCCCGCUCCCACCACGCAUCCGCCAUACACCUCUGCGAAGACAUGUGCUACAACCUGCGUCGCGUAUGGGGAGCUCUCGACGCCACAACGCUCGACAUGCACAUCCUCCUCUCCGAAUUUUACACCUCGUCUGAACAAUACCGCAAAGCGAUGCAAGUGCAUGAAGACGUCCUCCGCGACACCGUCUCCGACAAAGGCGAGGAGAUCAACCAAGCAGAAGCAGCUGCCAUUGCAGUGCGCCACCUCGAGUUGCUGAGGAGAGCGUACCAGCGUCUCGGGGGCUGGGAUAAAGAUCCGCAGGUGUAUGUGGAUUUGUAUCAGCAGCUAGCGCAUGUCUUUGGGUCGGAGGAGAAUUGGAAGAAAGCCCAGAUCCAGGGCGUGGAGAAGUGGUCCACCAAGGGGGUCGAUAGUGUGGGGGUUUGGGUGAGGCCGGUGAGCUUUGAGUGGAUGGAGAGUGAGGGGAUGAGGAAACAUGCUAAUUAUUUGAGGAGGAGCUUGAGGAGUGGCGCGGAGUGGAAGAUGGCUCACUCGAAUGGGGGACGGUUGUUGAGGAGCUAUAGUGGAAGGAGUUUGGUUGCUAAGUAGUUGUAGGUAGUUUGGUUUUUAUUGGGUUAGUUUGAAUUGUUUGUUUGUUCAAGUCGUUCAGAGAUUGUGAAAGGUGACGAAACGGCUUCUAAAUGCAGCUAAGUGCUUCUAAUUCGUUCUUACAUUGUCACUCUUCUUCUUCCAGCCCAAUUCAAAGUGGGAAUUGUAUUUCACGCUUUGUGAAAAGGACCAUAAGCGUUAGGUGAAUCAUCAUUCGAAAUGUAGAGUAGUUGAAUUGUAGCUGGCCUGCCGAGACAACUAUUGGG